GUGUGUCGUGUUGUUUUAAUUAUGUAGGCGCAGCAUUGCAGUUUAGUUUUUCUUGCGCGUUUUUUAAGUAUAAUUUUAUACAUUUUUAAUUUAGUUAAGCAAAACUCCGGGGUGAAACGCAUGCAAAUAUAGCACCUGAUAUCAAACACGGAGAUAAGUCAUCCAGAGUGAGAGGACGCCUCGUUGCAGUGACAGUGACGCUACGCUGCAUUACUUAGGAGGAAGAGGAGCAGCUGCAGCAACAAAAGACACAAGGUAAGCACCAGAUAGGCAGUGUUACUGCUUCAUUGGUGCUUUUGUUGCAGAAAAUCUAAAUCCUUUACAUUCCCCCAUCGGCAGGCAGCCCCUUCCUUAAACGAACGCGCUGACGAAAAAUAACACCAAACUACAGUCUAGGCCUUUUUUGGAUCACAAAACACGCACCGCAACGCAAACCAACCCAACCAAAAGAAGAGCUCGCUGGCCUGGCGAUGCAAUUGAAAGCGCCCAAGACAAGAAACAUGGCCAGUCUUAAAGAUGAGGAACAGGCGGCGACCACAAGCAGCAGCAACAACAACAACACGAAUAACGUAAACAAUAACCACAGCGCCAGCAACAACCACAACGAGGAUGAGCUGAAAGUGAAGCGGGAGUCUCUGGAGGCGCGUAAGCAGGCCCUGGAGCAGCGCCUAAGCGAGAAGAGUUGGCUGCUGCAGCAGAUCCAGAAGCAGGAGUCAGCCAUCAUCAAUGGAAACUAUGAGCAGAUGACCAUUAACGAGUUCUUCUCCCAGCUGGCCCAGCAGUACAAGCACGAGCAGCAGCUCCAGGCCCUGACUAAGGAGAGCAGCUCAAUUCUGAGACGCAAGCAGAGCACUACCAGUCGGGAGAGUCGUGAGAGCCAGCAGACCAGCAGCAACAGCAUAAAUAACAACAUUCGGCAGUCGGAAACGAUGUCAAAUCGCAGCUCCGAGUACGACAACUAUCAGCCGGCGGGGGGAGUGGGCGACAUGUUGGUGAUAGGUGUGGCGCAACAGCAGGCCCAGCAGCAGCAUCAGAUGGUGAAGAGCGCCCUCAAGAAGCGACCUACACCCACUCCAAGCCAAAUGCAGUACAUGAGGCAGCAGCAAUCGCAUCAUCUGAUGAUGCCGUAUCAGAGAUCCCAGCCAGAUGUCAUAUCCAUGGUCUCGGCAAACUCCUCAAAUGUGGCCACGCUGAGGCAUCCUCCGCAGGCUUCGCCGCAGCAGCAGCCCAUCAUAGUGCAUUGCGAUAAGUACUACUUGUCACCCACGCAUCAGAGCUACAACGAGUGCGGCUUCAUCAAGUCCAGUCAGAACAUCAAGAAGUACGUCUCGCCGCUAGCGUCUCCAAGCAACCACAGCUACGAGCAGCAUGUGCCGCACAAGCACCCGCAGCACCGUCAGCUGGAUGCCAUAUCCCUGGCCCCCAGCUAUGCAUCGGUGGACAUGGAAGCGCAACAGCAGCAGCAGCAGCAGCAGCGCUGGCGAUCCCAGUCCCACAUCGCUCCUUUGACUCCUCCCCAGCUUGGGAUCAUUGAGGUAAAGUCGCACUCUAGCGAUAUGCUGGCAGCUCCUCUGCCCAGUCGCUAUCAGCUGCACGAUGAGAUCUCACUGUCGUCAUCCUCGACCACCAUCGAAAAGAAGGCCAAGCCGAAACAGUGGCUGGAGUCCUCUCUGGAUGGACCUGCUGUGAUUCGCCAGAUAGAUUCUCAACCACAAAGUCCAGCCGGGAGCAGCAGUAAUGGUAGCUACAGUCAGGCAGCGUCAGCCACCAAACCGCGGACCAAGCUCUCCUCCCAGUCCAUGUCGGUCUCGGGGACCGGUGUUGGUCGUCACUUUUCCAUGUCAAAUCAGCGGCCAGUGCAAAACCACCCGAGUGCAAGUUAUGCGGUGUGCAGCAGCUCAAAGGCGCUGCUCAGUCAGUCCACAUCGUAUCUGAAUGCCAUGGAGCAGACGAUGGGCAUAUCGAUUUCUUAUCCCCUGGAACCCCUGGAAAUACCACCAUUUCGCCAGCUACCCCCCAAACCAAAUCAAAUGCAGCAAACACCGCCUCCGAGGCCGCCGCCAGUUCAGCAGAACCACAACAAUGGAAGUGGCUUUGGAAGUGCUAUACAGACAGCUCUGGUGUCCCCUCCGUUGACCGUUGCCACGGCCAGCUUGUCGCCGGAUAUACGUAUAGAGUCGCCAAAGAACAUGACCGUGGUGCAGCAGGCCACUUUUCAGCCCUACAAGGAGGUGACAAAGCCCUUCGAGAUGUCCGAUUUCUACAAGUACUCCACCAAAUUCAAGCAGAAGGAGGUCGGAAGACCUGAGUGACCUCAAAGCAUAAGGAUCUAUGGAACUGCCGCAAUUUUUUCCCUUUUCAUGUGAUUAACAAAACAACAGUUGUAGACAACACUACAAAGCAAAAACCGCCCAAGAGUUGAACAAAACUACAAUUGGUUAGAUCCGGCUUGGGUUGCAAGUAAAAAAAAAAAUUAUAUUUAUGGACAUUUUUAGGACUAGCUGAAUGAGCAUUAAUUAAUGUAAUGUUCAUUACAUUAUUAUUCAUGCUCAUUGAAAAUUUGCCAAAAUUUACCAUUGACAUAUCUAAAGCUUUUUAUUUAUACGUAUGUACAUACAUACAUAAAUCUAACAACAAGUAGAACAAUGUUAUCCCCAAGGGGAACAUACAACUUGCCUUAACUCUGUAUUUCCUUGAAAGCAAAGCAUUUA